AUGCGCGAGGUCAACUUCAGCAUCCCGAAUGUCAACAAGGCCUCGGUCAACAUCACCACUACUCUUUACGACCGCCGGGCUUUAGACUGCACAUCGACGCUGCCUCUGAUCAACUCCCUCAACCAUUUAGCUUAUCUAACCACUUCGUCUGCUCGGAUCCGCGAUAUUCUUACCGUCGAUGGCGGCAUUGAACGACUGGUUUGUAUCCUCAAAGAGGGUCGGAGUAACAACCUGAUGGAGAUGUGGAAAUGGAGCCUUGCUUUCCAAUGUGUCGUCAACAUUGGAGUACGGGGCUCGGAAAAUGUCAGAACCAGAGUAGUCGAGGCUGACAUGGUACCUGUUAUUGCAACCAUUUUGGACAACUAUAUCAAAGUAAUGGACAAAGUGCGCGCUCGAUCGGAUUCCGAAGCUCAACGACACAGGCACCAUCAACUCCAUCACAAGAUAACUCCUACGGCGAGCGACAGCACAAGCCGCUCUUCAUUUUCAGACGCCUCCAGCAACGAGCAGCGCACCUCUCGCCGUCAACCACCUCCCACUCACAUCGAAAUCCCUCCCUUCUUCCAUGAUACCCGUGCGGUGGAAUCUAAUGCUGCUGACGUCCCCUCUCCGCCGCGUGCACCAAUGACUUCGCCGCCCGAGAGAAGCACUUUUGGUCAGGAUACGUAUGCUCAUCGAUCUCAUGCACCUCUCCGGCACAGAGCAAUUCAGCCCUUGGCAACAGCUAUUCCUUCAAUGGACGCUGCUGAUGGGUCUGGACUACGCCCUGUCCGGGAUACGGAGAGGCUUCCCAGCAUGCUUCCCGCUGCUUUUAAUGAACUCGCAUCUCAGCCCGACUCUCCCACUACUCCCAGCGGCGCCGGACACAUCCGAAGCAAUGUACACGUUCCUAUUGGAACACACGCCCGCCCACCACUGAGCCAGCAUCAAUCAACCUCAGGGGACUCAGAUGACGCCAAUGGUGAAGACUCUAUAAUGGCGGAUGAUACAGGGUCGGGACAAUCUAGGAGGCCUAUUAUCGGUCUCCAGAGCCGCAUGGAUAUCGACGAUGACGCCGAUAGACAGACUGUGAUCGAUAGCGUUACCGACUCCUCCCACGAUUUAACAGUAACCGAUACCACUUCAGAUGGGCAAGAAUCGGAGACAUUCAACAUUACCCACCGUUCCGCCGUCGAUGGCAGUAUAAUCACCAAUGAUAACGCACAGGCUGUGAACAAUGCGAACUCUCCACCUAUUGUGCCCAGCCCCUAUUCUCUUUACUUCCGUGAUCGGACAAACAUCGCUACCCAGAAUUUCUUGAAUACGAUGCCCCGCGAGGAGGACGUCCUGAUGUCGCUUCAGCUUUUGGCUUACGUUUCCAAGUACUGUAACCUCCGCUCAUACUUCCAAAACUCACACUUUGUGCCAAAGCUCAAGAUCGACCGAGAGCUUCGAAUGCUGGACGAAGGAGCCUCACCAGUUGAACUAAUUGAAGAGGAAGACGAGUACCUACUUCCUGACGAUGUCAACAUCUUCCCUCUGGUGGAGAAGUUUACCGCUCGCCACCAUUCAAAGGAUAUGUCAUACUGGGCUUGCGUGGUGAUGCGGAACCUCUGUCGUAAGGACGAGUCCCGAGGCGGUAUUCGCCAGUGUGCGAAUUACAAAUGCGGUAAGUGGGAAGAGUUCACACGUCAAUUCGCCAAAUGCCGCCGCUGCCGUCGCACCAAGUACUGCAGCAAGGAUUGCCAGAAAGCAGCGUGGCUCUACCACCGUCACUGGUGCGCCACGCCAUGAUCGGAUGAAAAUCGACUUUAAUUCCCCUUGCAUACGGCUUGCAUAGCGUCUCGUCGUUCUCAUUUUACUCUUUUUAUGCUCUUUUUUACCUUGAGGUCUCAUAUCUUCCCGUGCAUGGCAUUCGGAACCUGGCGGUGUUCCUAUUUACCGAGAGAUACCUUUUGUAUGUCAUUUCUUGCAAACGCUGCUUUUGUGCAGCUUCGAUAUCCCUUUCCAGGGCCGUUUCAUUUACGCUGGCUACUUCAGCCCGUUUCUUACUUAUACGAUUACCCAUAGCGGCCAUGAACGACAUCAUCUUCAGUUAUCUGUCUUACUUGUCUUUUUCCGAGCUGUCCUCUCUGGCUCGCACUCCGUACAGAGUUUCUAAUCCACCGUUGCCCUAACGUCGGACGAUUUUCCUUUGUCAGUGUCAUUGUCAUUCACAUUAGCUUCAUUCCCCGAAACUCCCGGACGUUCUCAUUUUGGCCGGCUUUUUGCUUUUUGCCUUUUUGAAAUUAUUCUCCCAUUGGCUAUUCUUGUUGGAGUAUUUUUUUGUCCAAUUGUGGAAACUUUACCUGUCCAGAACAGUUUUUGUGUUUAGCAUCCAAUGGCCCGUUGCAUAUACUACUUAGCACUUGCAAUUACAUAG